AUGGCUUCUGCAGUGGCAAAGCGCCUCGAAGGCAAGACUAUUGUCGUCACGGGGGCUUCUUCGGGCAUUGGAUUUAGCACCGCCAAGGAGUUUGCGCGCACGUCGCCCAAGAACCUCAAGAUCAUUGCUACAGCCCGACGCGUCGACAAGCUUGAGCAACUGGCCAAGGAAAUCAAGGAGGAAGUCGGCGAGGGCGUCAAGGUGCUGCCGGUCGCGCUGGAUGUGUCCGACCCGGAGGCCGUCAAGAACUUUGUCCCAUCCCUGCCGGCGGAAUUCCAGGACAUUGAUGUCUUGGUAAACAAUGCUGGCCUCGUCAAGGGCGUCGCGCAGGCCCCCAAUAUCGAGACAGCAGACAUUAACAUUAUGCUCGCCACGAAUGUCACCGGGCUGAUCAACAUGACCCAGGCUGUCCUACCCAUCUUCAAGAAGAAAGACAACGGUGGCCGCGGAGACAUCAUCAAUAUUGGAAGUAUCGCCGGACGGGAGCCUUAUGCUGGUGGAAGCAUCUACUGCGCUACCAAGGCCGCAGUGCGCAGUUUCUCCGACUCAUUGAGAAAGGAGCUUAUCUCUACGCGUAUUCGAGUUAUUGAAGUUGAUCCAGGUCAAGUUGAGACUGAAUUUUCUGUUAUCCGCUUCUAUGGCGACAAAUCCAAGGCUGACGCCGUUUACGCUGGCGUUGAACCUCUUACUCCCGACGACAUUGCUGAAUUCAUCGUCUUUGCCGCCGGCCGCAGAGAGAAUGUUGUCAUUGCCGACACUCUUAUUUAUCCUAACCACCAGGGCGGUGCCGGUGCUCUUCACCGUAAAGCAUAA